AUGCACGAUCAAAUCAUUGGCACGAUAGGCAUGGACCAAGGCAGUCACAUCGCUCAUGACAACAACACAUAUGGAAACAACAAUUGGGUGGAUAUGAACCCAUUCCACCACCAGACCACCAUGCCGGACUACGGCGGCAGCUACGGUGGUUAUAUGCCACCGAUCUCUCAUGGGCUGCCCUCCGAGUCACUAGGCAGGAUGCCUCCUCCCCCGCCUCCUCAGCAUCAUGUACCUCAACCUCAUCAACAUUCUCACCCUCCUCUUCCAAUGUUGAUGAUGCCCCAAACGACGACGACUUGGCCGAGCAUGUUGACGAAUCCAACAUACGGUUCACACCCUGUCCCGCCCGUCGCCAUCCCCCCGGUAACAACACCGCUCAAGAACUCCAAACUGCCAGCUAUCCAGACAACAUCACAGCCCAGGAAAACACUCACCGACGAGGACCGUCGGCGUAUGUGUCAGUAUGCUAUGGAUCAUCCGACGGCCAAGCAAACGGAUAUCGGAGCUCAGUUCGGUGUUGAGAGAAGCACCGUGUCCAAGGUACUGCGCCACAGGGAUAAGUAUCUGAAUCUCGAGGACCGCAGCAGUUCUCCGAUUAAGCGUAACAAAGUCAAGGGCGCGGAUGUCGAAAAGGCUCUGACCAACUUUUUCCGAAAGUCUCAGGGCAAAGGCGUUCCAGUAACUGCCGAACUGAUCAAAGAGAAGGCGCACUUGUUUGCAAGUACCAUGGGUGUCACGGAAGAUGAUUUUCUCAAGUCCGGAAGCACAGCAUGGCUGGACAAGUUCAUGCUUAAACACAACAUUGGGCCGAAUAGGCUACUUCGUCGUGCCUCCGAAGCCAACAUCAGUAGCAGCAUGCGAGGAUCGCCCUCCUUGAGCACAUCACAACCGUCAAGUGCCAUUUCCCCCCUCUCCCCUUCGGGACACACGUCUCCAUCUACACUAUCGGCGAAUAGAAGCGAAGGGGAGAAGGAUAACAUGGCGACCUACAUGGACUAUCCAACUGAAAGCAGCUACAAGCACUCGGGCUCACACAGCACAACCUCGUUACAUAGCGCAUUUACUGACGCGGGAACUUCAACGUUCUCUGGGAGCACCCUUAGCCCAACAGCAUCGUUCAGUUUUUCGCCUGAUCCUAAUGCCGGAGCAUUUAUUACAGCAGAUCAAGCCAGGCAGCUCCCGCCGGGAAGCGGUGUCGGGUCCAACUUCCAAAGACCAAGAAGCCAGACAUUCCCAACCUUGGACCUCGAAUACCUAAAUCAACAAGAAUCAGGGGACUCGUUGACGCCAAAGUAUCAUGUGUCGCCCACGGGACCUUCUUCGGCCCUUGAGUCGCCUGCCAAUGAAGUAGGCGCCUCGCACUUUGGCAUGGAUCACAUAAUCACCUCACCACGACUCCGUCACAGUAGCAGCAGUGGAAGUCUCGCUGGACGGUCGAUCGCUACACCGCUUAGCGCAAACCCUACGUCUCCGAUUUCUCCUACUCAGGAGGACGCAAGAAGGGCUGCAGACACCCUGCUUUCAUUCAUGCAGCAUUCAGGUGGAUUUGUGGACCACGAUGAAUACAUGACUGUUGUUAAACUCACCGAGAAACUGCGGCUUCACCAGGCACAACUUGCCAAGAACACAGCAGUGGGAAUGGGUGGGCUUUCUCGGAUACCAGAGGGCGAUAGUGAGAUGCAGAACGCCGAAGCAGCUUCGAUACCCAAAGUGGAACAGGCCAUGGGGACGUAA